UAUAACCUAAAAAACUUCAGUGUUGAUGGAAUGAGUAAUGUUUCUGUAUACUGUUACGAGAUGUAUCAUAACUAUAAUUUUUAAUUAUAUUUUAUUCAUUUAUUUAUCUCGUUAAAACUAAAGAACAUCCAGUUACAAAUUUCAAUUAAUAUGAUUUAUAUUUAUAUUAUCUAAAUCUUUAAGAUAUUUAUAUACAAAUUUUUCUUUUACGUGUGUUGGUGAUUUUGAUAUUCAACAUUUAAUAUACACAUUUGCUGAAAAAAUGGUACGAGCAAGUGAGAGCGAUAUCUUAACCAUAGGCGGAGUCUUGAAUGAUUCUGCUAGGCCUUUGAAAGAAAGAUUUCGGGCUUUAUUCACUCUGAAAAAUAUUGGUGAUGCAACGGCUAUAAGUCAGAUCAGUACGUGCUUUAAAGAUCAGUCGGCAUUGUUGAAGCACGAGCUCGCAUAUUGCCUGGGUCAGAUGAAGAAUCCUAUGGCAAUUAGCAUCUUAAUAAGUGUUUUGGAGGAUCUGUCACAAGAACCAAUGGUACGUCAUGAAGCAGGAGAGGCAUUGGGUGCUAUUGGUGAGCCAAGUGUAAUUCCAUUGUUAGAGAAGUAUCGUAAGGAUCCUGUAUUGGAGGUAGCGGAAACCUGCGAGUUAGCCUUAGAUCGGUUAAAAUGGUUGGAAUCUAACAAUAACAUAGAGAACUUGCAAAAAAAUCCAUACUCGACCAUCGAUCCUGCACCUCCGAUGGAAAUAACAAAUGUGAACAUCUUAAAGGAUAUUUUAUUAAAUGAAAACAAAUCGCUGUUUGAUAGAUACAGAGCAAUGUUUUCAUUGAGAAAUUUAGGCACCAAGGAAAGUAUCCUUGCACUUAUGGAAGGUUUGAAAGCUGGUAGUGCCUUAUUCAGGCACGAAGUAGCAUUUGUAUUGGGACAACUUCAAGAAGAAAUAUCCGUGCCAGGAUUGCGAGCAUCGUUAGAAAAUACAGAAGAAAAUGAAAUGGUGAGGCACGAGUGCGCGGAAGCCUUGGGUUCCAUCGCUACUCCCGAGUGUUAUGAGAUAUUGAACAAAUAUCUCAAUGAUAGUAAAAGAGUUGUUCGCGAAAGCUGUGUCGUCGCUUUGGAUAUGUGCGACUAUGAGAACAGUUCGGAAUUUCAAUAUGCGGAUACAUUGGCCAAGCUACCUACUGAAAAUAUCCAUCUUUAAAAUGUAUAUAAUAUUGUAUAUUUAUUACAUUAAAAAAAAAAUCAUAAAUGCGAUCUUUUAAAGCGUGGAAAGCUAAAAA